CCGGCGGAUAUUUAAUGGGCAAUUACUUCCCUCCUCAUCACACAAAUACUCACACGCUCACAUUCAUAAACACUCACCCAUCAAGCAGUUCAUCAUAUUCGCCAUGGAUCCUUAUACUGUGCGCUUUGACGGACGUCGUAGCCUCACAAUCAAUAUCCACGCUAACUAUGGUCCUUGUCCCAAACUUCCUCCUCGCUCGAUGGCGCCACCUCCACCUCGGAAAUACAAAAGCAGCAAUUUUUCUACGCUCACCAAGAAAGAACUUCGUCUGAUUAAUGGUCCCGUCAAGGACGUUCGUAUCCACACACUAGAUGAUGAAGAUGAAGGUGAAUAUGAUGACGAUGAUUGCUCAGAGUGCAAGAGUCAGAGUAUUGCCCCUUCCUCGCCUGGAGAAGGUCCCGAAGGCCAUCCUCCUUCGCGCUUUCGUGACGACAAAGUGGUGACUAAAUACUAUCGAGAGAAAUCGAGGAUAAAGAAAGACAUGAAUGCCAAGGGCUUAAUGCCAAAGGCGUCCACAGAACCCGAAGUCAACCCUCCCGCGACAGUCGAAGGCCAAUUUUGGUUUACUAAAUCCUUCCCUGACCAAAUGCUCGUCAAAUCCUCAAAUGACCUAGGAAAGGUCAACGACCAGCUCAGCGACUGGGUUGGGCAACGCCAGCCGCAGCGGUACAUCGACUCCGAGAUCAAGUUCUUCCGUCUAUCCGACAGGCCCUAGGGUCUGUACGCCAGGGACACGUUAGAUUAAGGGUAUAGAGGAUGUGGCUGAAGUAGCAGCCAAUCACAUACAGAAU